CCGAUCUGGGAUGUCCCGCUCUGAACUCCAGCGCUCUGGACAUGAGGAUCUGAAGAGGGCCCCUCAGAGGAGACCAUGGUGUUUGAUUGUAAUCGUGGUUUACCUCAUUCUACAAACAUCUCUGAAUAUCUUCCUCCUCUAUGAAGUUUUCACAUUGGAGUCGUCAGGGUCCAAAUCUGAUUUGUCAGGCAGUCCAGCAGACUUCCAGAGUUUAAUCCAGAACACCAGCCAGGAGACUCAGAGUCUGAGGGGACAACUGAAAACACUCAAGAACCAGGUGGAGAGUCAGUGUGGAGCCGACGGUCAGAUCCACAGACUUCAGACUGACCUGGUCCAGUUAAACUCCAGUGCACAGAGACUGGACUUGCGCAUCAGCCUCCAUUCAGGACCCCCAGGCCCCCCAGGACUCAAAGGUGAUGUUGGAUUUACAGGAACAAAAGGAGAACAAGGACAGGCUGGUGAACAAGGGUCACCUGGACCCCAAGGACCAACCGGCCCUGCAGGUCCUGCUGGUAAACAGGGACCAGAAGGAAAGGGAGAGCCUGGAGAGAUGGGUCCAAUGGGCACCAUGGGAAUCACAGGGUGGGAAGGUCAUUAUGGACAUCCUGGGGAUCCUGGACCAAAGGGAGAGAAAGGUGACACUGGAGAGACAGGCCCACCUGGACCACAAGGUGUCGCUGGUCCUAAAGGAGAUCCAGGUCCAGCCGGUUCACCUGGAGAGAAGAGUAACCAAACAGAAGCUUAGGUGUCGCUGGUCCCAAAGGAGAUCCAGGUGAACACUUAAGAAUAUUUUUUUCCACUGGUGAAUAGUUUUUACACAACCAGAUAACUGAGGAGCAGCUGCUGAUCUUUCAAAAAUGAAAUAGUAUAUGUUUGCUGAUUUUUGAUGUCUUUGUUUGCAAGAAUCAUCAUCAUCAAAUCAUUUUUUAUUUUUUUUUACUUUUCUACCAUGUUAUAACAUUGUUCCCUCAUCAAAAACAUGAUUGUAGAGGUUUCAGACGUCAUCCAUGCAUGUUUGAGUAAUCUGGAAAUCUCUCCGACCCGUCCUAGCUGUAAGAUUCUGUGCAAUGCUCCGCCCACAAGCCUCCGUCACCCAUGCUCCCACAGGACAAUUCUCCAUAAAUAUACAAAAACAUGAUACAAAACUGUACACAGCAGUAGUUUCUUUAGUGGGAUGCACGCUGAUUGUGUUGUGAUAGUGCUCUGAUGGAGGAGUGAUUUAGUGCAGAGAGCAAAGGAAGAGGAGACUCUUCAAAACAUUAAAAGGUAACAUGGUGGUCUAAAUAUGUUAAUAGUUAAUACAACAUAGAAGUUAAAAAACCCUCUUUAAGAAAUUGAAGAAUGGUCUAAAUAGCAAAUUACUACAAAAAAUAUACGCAUAACAUACUUUUAUCCUUUGAUAUUUGUCAUUAUUUAUAUCACUCCCAACUGUGCACUCUAAACACACUUCAGUCAGCGAGGCAACAUCAAUAACACAAGACUACAGCGCCAUCU